ACCACUUCCAUAGAACCAAAUAAAUAUCACAACUUUCAAAAACAUUGGAUGUAUUUAAAAUGAUUAAGGUGUAGAAACAUUGAAUUCAUUUUCCCAUCUCACAGUAUCUCUACUUUAUUUUUCAAAGAGAUUAUCCAUGCAAUUCAAACCACUUAAGCUCUUAACUUAGCAAGUGUAUCACAUUCAUGUGAUUUCAGAUUGAUUGCAUAGCCUUGAUUCCUUUUAAUCAACCAUGGUUGCCAACAUAUUUCAUGUUGCAAUGUAUCCAUGGUUUGCAUUAGGCCAUCUUACCUCAUACCUUCAUAUAUCCAACAAACUUGCUGAGAGGGGCCACAAGAUUUCAUUUCUCAUGCCAAAAAAUACUAUAUCCAAAUUAGAGCAUUUCAAUCUCCACCCAAAUCUCAUCUCCUUCAUUCCAAUCACCAUACCACACGUCCAUGGCCUUCCUCUUGGUUCUGAAACAACUGCAGAUCUUCCUUUCUCACUACACUCCCUUCUCAUGACUGCAAUGGAUCUCACUGAGCCUAUAAUUGAAGAUUCCCUAAGAGAACUCAGACCUCAUAUGGUCUUCUUUGAUUUCACAUAUUGGUUACCUGCAUUAGCAUGUCAGUUAGGCAUUAAGGCUUUACAUUACUGCACAAUUAGCCCUGCCACUGUAGGAUAUCUCAUAAGCCCAGAAAGAAAACUUCAUGAAAAAUCAUUGACAGAAGCUGAUUUGAUUAACCCUCCACCAAGCUUUCCACCAUCAGCAAUUAAGCUACAACCUCAUGAAGCAAGAGGGUUAGCCACUUCUACUGUAAAUGGUUAUGGCAAAGACAUUUCAUUUAUGGAGCGUCAAUUGAUCGCUUUCACCAGCUGUGAUGCUAUCGUUUUCAAGACUUGCCGAGAAAUGGAAGGCCUUUAUUGUGAUUAUCUUGAAAGGCAAAUGAGAAAGCAGGUGUUUUUGGCAGGACCAGUUUUUCCAAACCCACCAACCUCUACUUUAAAAGAGAAAUGGGUGACUUGGCUAGGACGUUUCAAACCAAAAACUGUGAUUUUCUGUGCCUUUGGAAGUGAAUGCAUUUUGAAGAGUAAUCAAUUUAAGGAACUGUUGUUGGGUUUUGAACUUACAAAAAUUCCUUUUAUAGCCGCCUUGAAACUGCCUAUAGGAGCUGAAACGAUUAAAUCAGCUUUUCCUGAAGGAUUCAGUGAGAGAACAAAGGGAAGAGGGGUAGUUGAAGGGGAUUGGGUUCAACAACAAUUGAUUCUGAGUCACCCUUCUGUGGGUUGCUUUGUAACCCAUUGUGGAUCUGGGUCAUUAACAGAGGCCAUGGUAAAUGAAUGCCAAUUGGUCCUUCUACCUCAUGCAGGAGAUCAAUUCAUUAAUGCAAGAAUAAUGAGUGGAGAUUUGAAAGUAGGAGUAGAGGUUGAGAAAUGUAAAGAAAAUGGACUAUUUACUAGAGAAGCUGUGUGUAAGGCAGUGAUGGAUGUAAUGGACAAUGAGAGUGAAUUGGGUCAUAUGGUGAGAACCAAUCAUGCUAAAUGGAGGGAGUUCUUACUCAGUAAGGGGCUAGAAAACUCCUACGUGGAUAAUUUGGUUCAGAAGCUGGACAGUUUGCUAAAGUCUUGAUUCAAAAAGUACCAAGUAUCAUGAGAGAAUACAAUUAGAUGAGUGUCAUAUUUUAUAGAUUUUUUGGUUUGGUGUAUAACUUGAACGUUUCUAGACAAAAUAGAAAAAUUAGAUUCUCCUUGUUUGAAA